AGACUUCGAAGUUACAUUUUACGAAAUGCCGAUUUUCUCAUCUCUUCGUUUUAAUCAUUUGAAUUGGGGCGGUUUAUAAAAGGGAAACCCUUUGAAAUCUCUACUUUCCGAGCAAGCGACAACCUAAAUCAGCUGUUUCCAGCAUAAUGUCUGCAGUUCUCCGAGCAGCAUCCAAUUGUCGUCAAUUGUGCAAAUCAUACUCCACUAGGAUGGCAUCGACAGGCCCGAUACAAAGUGCAAUACAAGAAACUCUCACAGAAAACUUGCAACCCGUUCACCUGGAAGUCAUCAAUGAGUCUUACAUGCACAAUGUUCCCAAGGGCUCUGAAACUCACUUCAAGGUCCUGGUCGUAUCUGAGAAAUUUGAGAAUUUGCCCUUAAUAAAGAGGCAUCGGUUGGUGAAUGAACUCGUGAAAACUAAGCUGGAAGGAAACUUUGUUCACGCGCUUUCCAUAGAAGCAAAGGUUCCGUCGCAAUGGAGCGCUGAUUACAAGGUCGAUCCAAGUCCAAAUUGUAGAGGAGGAUUUGGAAAGUAGAAAAAUGUGAUUUCCUAGUAUUAAUUCAAAGAAUAAAAUAAAUAAGUUCUCAGUAUAAA